GCCAUAACUUAGUUAUUCCAUUAUAUAAAAUGACAUAGAAUGAAGAAAUUAGGAAGAUUUUCAUAAUAAUGUCUAAUAUUUAAAAGGAAUAUUGAUAUAUUAUUUUUUCUCCCAAAAUGCGUAAUAAACAUGCUUUAAGUCCUGGUGUCCUCUAUGAGUUAUGGUUAAUUAGUUGUGGAACAUUAUUUUAUGUAGGUCUAUUUAACCCAGCGAAUACUUGAUUGGCAGUCUGAUGACUCAGUCUUUGUUUGACACAUCCAUUAUGUCUUCUGGCCUUUAUAUAGUUCAUCUGUUCCCCUGUGUGUUGAUGUGGCUGUUUAAACCAUUUAAACACAUUAUUUAAUUAAUCUCAGGGUUUAAACAGGUCCAUUAGCUGAUUCCCCUGACAGUUAUUUUUCAGUCUAAGAAAUCCAGCCUCAGGUGUGCAUUAGAGCGUGCAUUAGAGAAAAACCUGCACCUGUGUUUGCAAGUCUCCUGAUGACGAAGGAGCAUUACAACUCAUUUUAGAAGGACUGUAUAAAAGAGACCAAGAACAACACACUUCAUCUUGAGCAAAGACAGCAGUUUUAGCAUGGAGUGGAACGGAAGGUUGCUGGUCCAGCUGUUAAUGCUAGUGUGUGUGUUGGAGGUUAGUCUUUGCCAGCACUGGUCAUACGGUUGGCUUCCUGGUGGAAAGAGAAGUGUUGGUGAAGUGGAGGCAACAUUUAAGAUGAUGGAUGCUGGUGAUGCAGUACUGUCCAUUCCUGCAGACUCUCCAAUGGAGCAGCUUUUACCGAUACACAUAGUGAAUGAAGUGGAUGCUGAUGGUUUGCCUCUGAAAGAACAAAGAUUUCCCAAAAGACGAGGAAGAGUGUAAAAGCAUAAAAGAUGAAGAUGAAUCCUCGGAGCCAAUGAGAAUAAAUGAGAAAAGUUUUAUUCCAUGUGAACAGCGUGUUUUUAUUGAGUACUGGAAUGUCCUCCUCAUAUGAUUUUAAUGAAUAUACUGCAUUGGAGGCACAUACUGUAAAUACCUAGUAUGCAUACUUUGUUCAAAAUAAAUAUUAAAUGUGCUCAGAGAUGAAGCAAAAGUUAUCA